CGUGAAUCAGUUAGCCAGAAUAGCUCUUCUAAUACUGCUUAUGUAUCAGAAUCUAUUAACAAUAUUGAGAAAACAGAUGUGCUUAAAAUUACUAAUUGUACUUCUUCAGAAUUAUCUCACAAAACAGAAGUCAUUGAAGAUAUUGCGAAUUCUGCUGUAGAUUUAAACACCAUUAAUGACUGGAAUGCUUCAGAAAAAAUAAGGAAAACUAUAUCCUUGGGAUAUGAUCAAAAAAGUUUGGAAGAAAUCAAGAGCAAAGCUGACUAUCAAGAUAAAUCAGUGGUAAGAUCGAGUAUAAUAACUGAAUUCAUACAAGAUUUAUUGGAAGAGCUACUCUUAUCUGAUAAUCGACUUCUGAAAGAUGUAAAGUUUUCUUCUUCCAAAACAAUAAUUCUCAGAUCGAUAAUACAAGAAAUAGAUCGAUUACAGCAAAGCGAGCAGAAAUUACAGCUUAGCGUUUAUUCUUACAAAGAUUUGAAAACAAGGGUGAGAAAAAUUAAUAAGUUAUUUGGGUUUGAUCCUGUAACUCUGAAAAAGAUUAAUGAUAUAUCAGGGUAUAUGGUUAACUGGAACACCUGUAAUUCUGACAGAAUUUUAAAACUCACUAAUCUUCAAAUCGAAUACAUCAUAAAACAAAUCAAAUCGAAGAUAACCACUAGUCCUGUGAACAAAAUCUCUGAAACUAUGGCUACUACUUCAGCUCAUGAUUCUAACUCAGAUGACUCUGAUGCUAAUGAACUGCUCUAG